AUGUUAUUAAAAAAUUAUGUGAAUCCAUAAUAUUAUGAUAAUUUGAGAAAGUUUAAAUACAGUGGUUAGAAUCUUUCAAUUUUAUAUAAUUGGAUUCUUGGAGAUAUUGCAUAAUGGGUGGUAAAUAAACAAAAUAAAUAUUAGGUUGAUAAAUUGCCAAGAACAGUAGCACCAAAUCUUAUAACAAUAACAGGAUUUUGUAAUUUGUUAACAGGAUUUGCUUUGAUAUUAAUAUUGAAUCCGAUGUUUGAUAAAGAUUUACCAUAAUGGGCUAGUUUAUACUUAGCAUGGACAAUAUUUGUAUAUUAAACAUUAGAUAAUGCUGAUGGAAAAUAGGCAAGAAGAACUAAAUAAUCUACUGCUUUAGGAAUGCUAUUAGAUCAUGGUAGUGAUUGUACUGCAACAUGGAUAGCUGGUUUAUUGUAUAUUAAUGCUUUUAAGAUAACAUUUACUCCAUUUAAUAUGUUAACUGCAAUAGCAGUAAGUUUUUUAGGUUUUUAUUUUGGUGUUUAUUGUUAAUAACAUACAGGAGUAUUCUAAUUAGGAGUUAUUAAUGGAGUUGAUGAAGGAUUACCAACACUUUAACUAUUUUUAGUUGUAACUGCUAUUAUGUCAUCAUAAUUUUGGCUUAAUGAAAUUUAAAUCACAAAUACACUUUCAAUUCAAUAUAAUACAAUCUUACUUGGUAUUACUAUCACUGGAUGCAUAGUAACUAUCUUUUAAUUUUGUUAUCCUGUAUUCAAAAAGAUGAAUUGGAACAUUCUUAAAAUUCUAAAAAGUCUGUCAUUGCCAAUUACACUUAUGAUAACAUUUUUAAGUUUGACCUAUUUAUCCCCAACUUAUGUGUUAUUAAAAUGGUUCCACAUUUAUGUUAUUACUAUUGGAUUGCAAUGGUCAAAAAUGAUUAAUCUAUGGCAAUUGGCAAUCAUUACUAAAGAAGUAAUUAUAUAUAUAUAAAUAUAUAGACUUUCAGUUAAUUUUCAUUCAGUUGGGCUUUUAUUUUAGGCUCUAUUAUGUUAAAUUUGAUAUCACAAUAUUUAACUCCAAAUGGUCUUUGUUUCUUUGAUGAAGUCUAAUUGAUCUUUGUUUUGUUAGUAUUCUCUUUUUUAUCCUACAUGCAUUGUGUAAUUAGUAUUAUCCACUAAUUAUGUGAAGUUCUUGACAUUUAUGCAUUCAGCAUAAAAUAUCCAUAAUGA